GACCUCGGAGCCACAAGAUGGCAGUGCGCACCGAUGACGCGAAUGAAUGAUCGGAACAAAACCAUAACGCGUUUACUACGCUCCGGCUGAACUCCAUAAUCAUGGAUGAGCUGAGAGCGACGUGGAAGGUUCCCAGCAUUGCACAUUUCUGUUCCCUUUUCCGUGUUGCUUUUGACCUUCCAGAUUUUGAAAUUGAGGAACUGGAAGAUGCUCUUCUGUCAGAUUUCCCUCCAGAAGGCAAUUAUUUCAUUGCUGAUCUCAUUUCCCGGUUGCUCAGUGGUUACUAUGGAAACAAAGACAUUGUGUCAGACAACUACUCGUCGUGGCUCGCUGACCUCCUGCGCUACCGCUGGACGGCGGAGACGGGCACGGAGAACCCGCUGUACGACCAGGACUUCAUCGACCUUCCCCUACUGCACAAGGUCGAGAUCCUGCUCACGCUCUGCGAUUGGAGGCUGGAGCCGGAGGAUGCUGCAGAGUGCCUGAAGGGUCUUGACUCGGACAGCAUGCGCAUCGAGCCGCUGGGCAAGGAUGCCGAGAACGCCAGCUACUGGUACUUCUAUGGCACAAGGCUCUACAAGGAGGACCCUCCACCUCCACCACCCCCCGAACCGAGACGGCGGAAAAGGAGGAAGAAAAAGGAGGAAGCUGUUGAGAAGAAGUCAAAGAGGGGAAAGAAUAAGGAGUUGGAAAAGAAGAAGCACCACAAGAAGAAGUACAAGGAGAAGAAGCAGGACAAAGCGGCUGCGGUAGCUGCAAAGAAGCAGGAGGCUCGUGCGAAACGUGCAGAGAAGAGAGCCACGCGGGUCAAGGCUGAGGUCAAGCCUGAGGUCAAGCCUGAAGUCCUGCCUGAGGUCAAGGUUGAGGUCAAAGUUGAGGAACCGGUCGCCUCUCCGCCGGUGAAGCGGGGCAGGGGAAGACCACGGAAGUAUCCUAGAAAGGAAGAUAUUAUUGCUGCGCAACAAAAGGCAGCCAUGGAGGAGCAAAGGGCCCUGGAGCAGGGAAAAGCCCUAGAGCAGGAAAAAGCCCUAGAGCAAGAAGAAGCCCUAGAGCAAAUAAAAGCCAUCAAGCAGGAAAAAGACGAGGAGCAGAAAGAAGUCGUAGAUGAGCCAAUGGUCACAGACCGGGUGAAGAUCAGGGGAAGACCACGGAAGUAUCCGAGAAAGGAAGAUAUUAUUGCUGCACAACAAAAGGCAGCCAUGGAGGAGCAAAGGGCCCUAGAGCAGAAAAAAGCCCUAGAGCAAGAAAAAGCCUUAGAGCAAGAAGAAGCCCUAGAGCAAGAAAAAGCCAUCAAGCAGGAAAAAGAUGAGGAGCAGAAAGAAGUCGUAGAUGAGCCGAUGGUCCCAGACCAGGGGAAGGUCACAAAUGAGGAGAAGGGUGGAGGUGAGGUGAAGGUCACAGACCAGGUGAAGGUCUCAGAUGAGGAGAAUGGUGGAGGUGAGGUGAAGGUCACAGACCAGGUGAAGGUCACAGAUGAGGAGAAUGGUGGAGGUGAAGGUGGAAGGUCAACCAGACCCAGGUGAAGGUCACAGAUGAGGAGA